CAGAUCAGAGAUCAGAGAUCACAGAUCAGAGAUCCCCGCUAGCAUCGUGGAAUAUGUUCAAGUUACUCGGCCUCACGCUGCUCUGCACGGCGGUUCUGGCGCGUCCCGAGCCACCGGUCAACUCCUACCUCCCGCCCUCCGAUAGCUAUGGUGCACCCGGACAGAGCGGCCCCGGAGCACAGGGUGGAGGCCCAGGUGGUCGGCCAUCGGAUUCUUACGGCCCGCCUGGUCUAGGACAAGGACAGGGACAGGGACAAAGACAAGGACAAGGUGGUCUUGGCGGCAAACCCUCGGACACCUACGGUGCCCCAGGUGGUGGUGCUGGCAACGGCAGCGGACGUCCCUCCAGCAGCUACGGCGCUCCAGGCCAAGGCCAAGGACAGGGCCAGAGCCAGGGUGGCUUCGGCGGUCGUCCAUCGGACUCUUACGGUGCCCCAGGACAGGGACAAGGACAAGGACAAGGCCAGGGCGGACAGGGCGGACUAGGCGGUCGUCCAUCGGACUCUUAUGGUGCUCCUGGUGCUCCUUCCGGCAAUGGCAAUGGCAACGGUGGACGUCCUUCCAGCAGCUACGGUGCUCCGGGCCAAGGACAAGGUGGUCGUCCUUCCAGCAGCUACGGUGCUCCAGGUGCAGGAUCCGGCGGUCGUCCCUCAGACUCUUACGGCGCCCCAGCAGGGACAAGGGGACAGGGCGGACAGGGCGGACAGGGCGGACAGGGCGGAUUAGGCGGUCGUCCAUCGGACUCCUACGGUGCUCCUGGUAAUGGCAAUGGCAAUGGCAACGGCGGCGGUCGUCCCUCCAGCAGCUACGGCGCUCCAGGCCAAGGACAGGGACAGGGCCAGAGCCAGGGUGGCUUCGGCGGACGUCCUUCCGACUCUUAUGGUGCUCCUGGAGCACCUUCCGGCAGUGGCAACGGUGGACGUCCCUCCAGCAGCUAUGGUGCCCCCGGUUCUGGUUCUGGUUCCGGUUCCGGUUCGGGCGGUCGUCCAUCCGACUCCUACGGUCCUCCUGCUUCCGGUGCAGGAGCUGGCGGCGGACCCGGCGGACCCGGAGGCAGUGGCGGCGCCGACUACGACAACGAUAUCGUCGAGUACGAGGCGGACCAGCAGGGAUACCGGCCACAGAUCCGCUACGAGGGCGAGGCCAACGAUGGUGGUGCCAGCGGUCCUGGUGGCCAGAAUUUGGGCGCCGAUGGCUACUCGAGCGGUCGUCCUGGAGGCAAUGGCAAUGGUGGACGCCCCGGUGGUCAGGAUCUUGGCCAGAAUGGUUACUCCGGUGGACGCCCUGGUGGCCAGGAUCUGGGACAGAAUGGUUACUCCGGUGGACGCCCUGGAGGACAGGAUCUUGGCCAGAAUGGUUACUCCGGCGGACGCCCUGGUGGACAGGAUCUUGGCCAGAAUGGUUACUCCGGCGGACGCCCUGGUGGUCAGGAUCUGGGACAGAAUGGCUAUUCCGGCGGACGCCCUGGUGGUCAGGAUCUGGGACAGAAUGGCUACUCCAGCGGUCGGCCCGGCGGCAACGGCGGCAAUGGAGGCAGCGAUGGCGGUCGCGUGAUCAUUGCUGGCCGUGUCACCGGUCCGGAUGGCAGCGAUCAGGGCCAGGGCUACUCUGGCGGUCGUCCUGCAGGCAAUGGCAACGCUGGACGGCAAGGCGGUGGUCAGGAUCUUGGUCGCGACGGCUACUCCGGCGGACGUCCAGGUGGUCAAGAUCUCGGCCAGAACGGUUACUCCAGCGGCAAGCCACAGGGACAAGGCCAGGGGCAGGGUCAGGGUCAGGGUCAGGGCCGCAAUGGCUUCGGUCCCGGCGGCCAGAACGGCGACAACGAUGGCAGUGGCUACAGAUACUAGACGACAGGACAGGCAACACCCGUACUCGUAGAUUCGUACUCGAUUCCAGGACACAUUAGCUAGAACUUUCAGUACCUAGAACUUAAGACCUCCUAGAACUUUGAACCCUCCUCCCCCCACCUCAUUCUUAGCCCAAUCUCGAAACUCAAUCUCCAUCUCUUACUCAUCUUCGGGGUCCAUUUACCAUCCCCAUUCCCGAUCUAUCAUCAACCCCAAGACUCCGAUUAGAAUAAGUUCGUAUUGUUGUAGAUGCAAGUGCAAGAAAAUAACCCAAAAAAAGAUAUAAUGAAAUGAU